AUGAGGACUUGGGGGACAGCUGCUCGACGCACGGGCGCGUGUCCUUCACGGAGCUGCCGACGGGGGCCUCUUCAGUGCGGAACGAGGAGGAGGGUUCGUCGGACGAAGCUGCUGCUGCUGCUGCUGCUGCAGCAGGCGCAGCAGCAGCAGGAGCCGCCCCAGCGCAGCAGCAGCAAAAAGUGCAGCAGCAGCAGGGCCAGCAGUGCGCACCGAGCGGGAGCAGCAGUAGCAGUAGCAGCAGCGGCUGCAGCAGCAGCAGAAGCAACACGGGCAGCAGUAGCAGCAGCUCAGCGCACACAGGAGGAGGAGGAGCAGCAGCAACAGGAGCAGGAGCAGCAGCAGCAGCAGCAGCAUGUUUGUUUUAUUUUGUGCGCAGUGCUCAAGGGAGACGGCUUUUAUCCUGCUUCAGAUGUUUGGUCCUUCGGUGUCGCCUUUUGGGAAGCUCUGACGGGUCAAAUUGCCUUCGACGGGCUGUCUGCGGGUUACGUGCUGGUGCACGUGGCAGCAGGUUCGCUGCAGCUGCCGCUGCCGAGCGAUUUGCUGCCGCGGCUGCGGCUAGAAAACCCUCAGCUAUGA